CACGCGCGCACGGAGGGGGCGACGGCCUCGGUGACGCUGCUGCGGCGGGCGGGUGGCGACGCGUGAGGCGCGCGAUUCCCCGCGUCUUGGGGACAGUGCCCGGGCCCCCGCUGUUCCCGCCGCCGCCAUGUCGGGCCGGUCGGUCAGGGCCGAAACCCGCAGCCGGGCCAAGGAUGACAUCAAGAAGGUGAUGGCGGCCAUCGAGAAAGUGCGGAAAUGGGAGAAAAAGUGGGUGACUGUGGGUGACACAUCCCUUAGAAUAUUUAAGUGGGUUCCUGUGACAGACAGCAAGGAGGUAAGUGUGGAAGAAAAUCCCAACAACAAAAAGAAAGAAAAGUCAAAAUCGAAUGGUUCAGCAGCCCGGGAACCUAAUGGCUUUCCCUCUGAUGCCUCAGCCAAUUCCUCUCUCCUCCUUGAAUUCCAGGAUGAAAACAGCAACCAGAGUUCUGUGUCUGAUGUCUAUCAACUCAAGGUGGACAGCAGCACCAACUCGAGCCCCAGCCCCCAGCAAAGCGAGUCUCUGAGCCCAGCACACACCUCUGACUUCCGUACAGAUGACUCCCAGCCCCCUACUCUGGGCCAGGAAAUCCUCGAGGAGCCCUCCCUACCUGCCUCAGAAGUUGCUGAUGAACCUCCCACCCUCACGAAGGAAGAACCAGUCCCACUGGAGACACCGAUUACUGAGGAAGAGGAAGACUCAAGUGCUCCACCCCUGAAACGCUUCUGUGUGGACCAACCUGCAGUGCCGCAGACAGCAUCAGAAAGCUAGCACCAUCCCCGCGCCCUAGCCUCCUGGCCCCCGCCUCUAUUUAUUGCGUCUGGUUCUGACCAUGCUGUGUUGCUGGGGUAAGGGCAAGCACUGGGGUCCAGAGCCUGCACAUAGGAGCCUUCCGGGCUGGAAGGCUGACAUAGGACUUGGGGUGGUAACGUCAUCUUCCUGUCCCUGGCGCCUGUGUCUGCUUGCUCCUGAAAAGAGCACUCAUGUCCUUUUUGCACCCCAAGUAGGCUGGGGCAUCAGCCAUCCCAAGGUUCAUCUGUCACCUCCAGGUAGCAGUCUGUGCUCUAGAACCUCUGGACUGAGCUGCUGGCGCUUCUACAAGAGGAAAGAGAUGUGGAAGGCACCCUCUUGAGAAGAGAGUGCCUAGAGUUACUUGAACUUGAAUGGCGACUGUAGACUCAUGGACUUCCAUAGGGCUAGGUGCCCUAUGGGCUGCUGUUGGAGAGUGCCUGGGUAGAGACUUCGGAGGGAAGGGGCUUUCCUCCACAAGAAGGCAGAAAAGUCCGUAUAGACCUCUUGCUGUCCUGGCACUUCUGCCCAUUCCUGAGGUUAUCUUGCCUCUCAUGGGCUCUCUAGCUGCUGACAGUUCUUUGUCCCCCACCAUAACCAUUCCCUUCCCCCAACACACACACAGAUGCAGCUUUCCCUGUUUUCACCUGUACAUUUCAUUCCAGCGUGGCUCACCUCCUACUAUGGUCCCCAGUACCCACGCCACAGACUCUGCCCCAGCAAGAAUUUGAGGUCUGACAACAGUACCCGUCCCCCACAGUACUCCUUCAGCUCAGACUUUCUAGAAAGUUCCCUUUUCUUUGAAAUCUGCAUGUUUAAUUGAACUUUGUGAUUUUAUUUUUUGUUUCAAAAAAGUUUAAGAAAUGGAAAUGGGCAACAGUGAGUGAAUACAUAUUUUAGCACUGAAUAGAAUAUUUUUAAAAUUAAACUAUUUGAAAUAUGUCU